UUUGAAGUUCAUUGCCAAACAAGAUGAGUGAUGUCAUCAGCAGCAGACUGCCUAAAAGUCAUGUAAAUAUUUACAGCACCAGUUGAGCUGUUAUCUUUUCUAACUGACUAAACAUAUUUAUUCUUCUGUAGUUCAUGAAGACGAAGAGUUCCGAACCAGACUGCAUGUAGCGACUGUGUGAUGUGCUCUUGGUGUUGCAUCGUGGAGAGAGAGGCUGGCAGAGACAGGCGUGUCCAUUUCUAAUGCGCCCAGCACGGAUGAGUUGGGGACUAUGCGGUGCCCAGAAGAGGAGGUUGGUGCUGGGUGUCAUUGUCCUCUUGCUUGUGGACGUAAUCUGGGUCGCUUCAUCCGAACUCACUGUAUAUGUGUUUGUGCAGCAGCAGUACAGCAAGCCCUUUUUUAGCACCUUUGUGAAGACCUCCAUGUUCAUACUGUACCUGCUGGGCUUCCUGUUCUGGAAACCAUGGAGACAGCAAUGUGCAGCCCAACAGCAACGUGGCAUAUCCAUUUCUGAUGCUGAUUCACAUGUGACUGCUGGUGACACUGAAAACGGCUACAAUAAUUCCCUGAGUGAGCCUCUGUACGUGCCGGUGAAGUUUCAGGAUGUUCUUGAGAACAGUGUCAGUCGAGAGUCUAAGAGUCCUGCAAGGAAGCAGCGUGUGAGGUUCAGUAAUGUGAUGGAGGUACGUGAACUUCCUCACUCUCAGGCGUUGGAAGCCAAACUGUCUCGCAUGUCUCAUGCUGCCACAUCACUCAGGAUUAUGGGAAAACUUAGCGUCAGUGCUGUGGCCAAAAUCAGCUUCUUCUUCUGUUUUGUGUGGUUCCUGGCAAAUCUGGCCUAUCAGGAGGCUCUAACAGACACACAGGUGGCAAUCGUGAACAUUGUGUCCUCCACCUCUGGCCUCUUCACUUUGAUCUUGGCGUCCAUAUUUCCCAGCAAUAGCAGCGAUCGCUUCACACUUUCCAAACUGCUUGCUGUUAUACUCAGCAUGGUGGGAGUGGCUGUGGUCAGUUUUUCGGGGAUGGACAGUUCAGGUGGAAAAGGCACUAUUGGCUCUCUCUGGUCACUGCUAGGUGCAAUCUUAUACGCUGUCUACAUCGUUAUGCUAAAGAGAAAAGUUGAUCGAGAGGAGAAGUUGGACAUCCCAAUGUUCUUUGGUUUUGUGGGCUUGUUUAGCCUGCUGCUCUUAUGGCCUGGCUUUGUGCUGCUGCACUACUCUGGGUUGGAGCUGUUCGAGAUGCCCAGUCGAAUGGUAAUCAGCUACAUCCUCAUCAACGGCCUGAUCGGGACUGUGCUCUCUGAGUUCCUCUGGUUAUGGGGCUGUUUUCUCACUUCAUCUCUAAUUGGGACACUGGCUCUGAGUUUGACAAUCCCACUAUCCAUCCUGACUGAUAUAUGCUUGCAGAAGACGAGUUUCUCCUGGUUAUUCUUUGCCGGGGCAGUUCCAGUUUUUCUCUCCUUCUUCCUGACCGCAAUCCUGAGCCACUACAAUAACUGGGACCCGGCGAUGGUGGCACUGCGGAGAGUUUUCUCCUUCAUCUGCCGCAAGCACAGGAUUCACAGGUUAGCAGAGGACAGUGAGCAGUGUGAGAGUCUCAUUCCCUUACAGCGCUCUGCCCUCGAGAACAGAGGUUUUUUCUCUUGAUUAACAUCUUAAGAGAGAGAAGAUAUGAGGAACAUGCCUCAGCUUGAAUCACCACCCACCUAGACACACUGACAUCAGUCUGCUCUUCUCAUUGAGCAACUAGUAAUAUCUGAGCCUGCCUUUUUUAAAAUUCCAUUGCUUCACCAAGAUUGUUUCUACAAGCAAGGUAACUAAAGUAAAAACCUCUUCAUACAGGAACUGAGAAGCAGUGCAAAAUGACAAUCUGAACCCUGCCAUUGUGCCUCGUAUCACUUCUUCCUCCUCCUCACAUGUACUGAAGACCCUGUGAUUGACCAUUUUUAAUCCUCAUUUUGUUGGCUGUGAUAUCUCAGGGCCAGAAUCCAGGCAAGCAGCUUUCACGGGCCAUGAUGGAUGAUCCAGACACACUGACUGACUUUCCAAUCACAGUAUUACAAACCGAGGCCUUGCCAGGCAAAAUGGAAUUUUGAUCAGCAGAGUCUGAGAUCUUGCAUUAACAAAUGUUCCUGCAAGGUGUUAUUGCAAUACACAAACAAGUGUGAUACAUUUUGUCUGUGUGUGUGUGUGUGUGUGUGUGUGUGUGUGUGUAUACAUGCAGAUUUGCUGGUUUCAAAUCACCAUUUGUCCCAUGAAGUACAAAUAGCCUAUUAUCUUUUUAAUCUUUGUACUGUAGAUAGUGUCUAUAGUGUCAAGGUCCUAGUCAAACCUGCAUGAUGUAUUUCACCAUUGAAACAGGACACUAAAACCAUGUAACAUGGUAAUUAAUACUCUGUGUGUAUGUAUUACCAUUACAAUGUAAUUAAUCGUUUGUGUGUGUUUGGUAUCAAUUACCAAAUUCUGUCCAAUCCAAAUCCAAGUAAACACUAUUGAGCACAUA